AUGGAUCCUGCGUUACCCAUCGUAGCUCUUUCACUCGUGUUGGGUGCAAUCAUCGCCUUUCUCUUCUUCAACUCCUACUUCCGGAAGCGCCAAUCCGAAGUCCGAUCCAUCGCCAAUCCCGAUCCCAAUCUCAAUCCCACUCCCAAUCGUAUCUCCAAACCCCUUCCCAAGAAGCCUCUCUCCAAACCCCAUUCCUCCGACAAGGAUCAAAACAAGCGACACCAUCCGCUGGAUUUGAAUACCUUGAAGGGCCAUGGUGAUGCGGUGACAGGGAUAUGCUUCUCCCACGAUGGACGCAAUUUGGCAACAGCUUGCGCUGAUGGAGUUGUGAGAGUGUUUAAGUUGGAUGAUGCUUCAAGUAAAAGUUUCAAGUUUCUAAGGAUUAAUUUACCUGCCGGUGGUCAUCCAACAGCAGUUGUGUUUUCUGAUGAUGCAUCCUCCAUUGUUGUGUCAUCUUAUACUCUCUCUGGUUGUUCAUUAUAUAUGUAUGGAGAAGGGAAACCUAUAUCUUCAGAAAAUAAACCACAGACAAAGCUUCCUCUCCCAGAAAUUAAGUGGGAGCAUCACAAAGUUCAUGAUAAAAAGUCAAUAUUGACAAUGUUUGGAGCCUCUGCAACUUAUGGCAGUGCUGAUGGAAGUACAAUUAUUGCCUCUUGUUCAGAAGGAACUGACAUCAUUCUUUGGCAUGGAAAAUCUGGGAAGAGUGUUGGGCAUGUGGAUACAAAUCAAUUGAAAAAUAACAUGGCUGGUAUAUCACCCAAUGGUCGUUUUAUUGCCGCAGCAGCAUUUACUGCAGAUGUGAAGGUCUGGGAGAUUGUAUAUGCAAAGGACGGAUCUGCGAAGGAAGUUGUAAAUGUUAUGCAGCUUAAGGGGCAUAAGAGUGCUGUGACAUGGUUAUGCUUCACACCAAACUCUGAGCAAAUAAUCACUGCAUCCAAGGAUGGUACAAUGAGAAUAUGGAAUAUCAAUGUUCGUUAUCACCUUGAUGAGGAUCCAAAGAUGCUGAAGGUGUUCCCUAUUCCUCUUCACGAUUCUUCUGGUGCUACUUUGCACUAUGACCGCCUUAGUAUUUCGCCAGAUGGAAAAUUUUUGGCUGCGACCCAUGGUUCCACAUUGCAGUGGUUAUGUGUUGAAACUGGAAAGGUUUUGGAUACAGCUGAGAAAGCCCAUGACAGUGACAUUUCUUGCAUUUCAUGGGCUCCUAAACCUAUUCCAACGGGAAAUGAUCAGGCCUUCGUUUUAGCCACAGCCAGUGCCGACAAGAAAGUAAAGUUGUGGGCAUCUCCAUCAAACCCUUCAUCCUAA